CAAGUGUCAUGGCCGCGACCCAGUAAUAGAUUGGAAGAGAAAAAGGACGGGAUAUAUAAUAGAGGAGAUUUGCUCCUGCAGGACUGACAAGGGGCUAUGAAUAAUCCAGACCUUGAGAACAACAACAAUAAUGAUGGGCGGCGUAACAACAAUCAGGGACGAGGACCACAGAAUCCAUUAUUAAAUGUGCGUGACAGGCUGUUUCAUGCCCUCUUCUACAGAAUAGCACUGACUUAUGCCAGAACUUUCCCCAAACCUGUCAGAAGAAUUUUGGAAUUUGCUGUACUUUUGAAGGCUUUAUGUGUUCUUGCCAUCUUGGCAUACAUCCAUAUUGUGUUUGCACGAACACCUAUCAACUGUCUAUCAAGCAUUCAGAAGACUUGGCCUAGACAUGGAAUCCUGCGUGUUGAGAUUGUACAAAAUGCGUCGGAGAACUACAGCUUAAUCAACUCUUAUGAAAAAGAGUACUCUGAUUUCAGUUUACAUUUGUUCAAUGAUCAUGCACAGGAAGAACAAGAACUGGAGGAGGAUGAAAUUGAUGAUUCAAAAACUGAAGAUAUCUACCCCAGUAAUGGGCAGUUUAUCAAUUCUUCUAUAUUAGAAGGAGGAAAUGAGUCUAUAUUAGAUGUCAUUGAUACAGGAGAGGUGAAGAGGGAGUCACUGCCUGUAGAGGAUCCUGGUGGAAAUGUGGAAAGUGAUGUUGAAACCGAGACAGAAAGUCCUGACACGGAAGAACAUGAGGGAAAUGUGACAAAGAUUAGCCAGAAUAGCAAUACUGUUACAGACACUGGCUAUGAAGCGUUUACUGAUUCCUACCCCUUGUCAGAAAUAGAAAUGUUGGCUAAAGUGGUAUGGCCAGAAGAGAAAUACAUUGUGGAAUAUGCACUGGAGUAUGGAUUCUUGAGGCUUUCCCCCAAAACAAGACAGAGACUGAAUAUAACAGUUAUGCUGGUUACAUUGGAUCCAAUUAAGGAUGAAUGUUUUGGUGACAGCAUCAGUCGGUUUUUACUAGACGAGUUCCUAGGAUAUGAUGACAUAUUGAUGUCAAGUAUAAAACAGUUGGCAGAGCAUGAAGACAACAAAGGUUACCUUCGGAAUGUUGUGACCGGUGAACACUAUCGUUUCGUCAGUAUGUGGAUGGCCAGGAGCUCAUACCUGGCUGCAGCCUUCAUUAUGUUAGUCUUUACAUUAUCAGUUUCAACUCUACUGAGAUAUUCUCAUCAUCAGAUUUUCAUUUUCAUAGUUGAUUUAUUACAAAUGCUGGAGAUGAAUGUUACUGUUGCGUUCCCUGCUGCUCCUCUUUUAACUGUUAUACUAGCACUUGUUGGUAUGGAGGCCAUUAUGUCUGAGUUUUUUAAUGAUACAACUACUGCAUUCUAUAUCAUCCUAAUUGUAUGGAUAGCUGAUCAGUAUGAUGCUAUAUGCUGUCACACAGACAUCAGUAAACGGCACUGGUUAAGAUUUUUUUACCUUUACCAUUUUGCAUUCUACGCCUACCAUUAUCGCUUUAAUGGGCAGUACAGUGGCUUAGCACUGUUUACCUCAUGGCUGUUUAUACAGCACUCCAUGAUCUACUUUUUCCACCACUAUGAACUGCCAGCCAUUCUUCAGCAAGCACGUAUACAGCAAAUUGUUAACCAGAAUCAGCAACAAACUAAUGCCGACCCUGUUCCUAACGUCCAUCCGACGGGGGAGCAGGUCACUCCUAAUGGACAGACGCCAGGGGCCAAUGUGGAUGUCCCUCAACCAUCUGAACUCCCUACAGGGUCUAACAACGCUACAGGUGCAAUGUAUCAAUCAGCCAAUCAGACGCCAGGUCAAGAGAUUAGUAACAACCUUUCAGAUAUGUCAGCAGUUCAUCCAUCAUCUGCUGGCAGCCAGUCAGAGGAAAGAAUUGAUUCAAAUAAUUCAGAUGAUACGGGUCAAGUUUAUGCAAGCAACAAUUUAGAAAAUAAUGAAAUGAUUGAUAUAAGUAAUGAUCUAAAUAACAGAACUUUGGACAGAAAUAGUCCGUCCACCUUAUCAGGUGAUAUAACUGGUGCUUCUAGUAGUGUUCAAACAAAUGACACAGGUGGUCAUAUAACAAAUGAAAAAUCAGGGGAGACUACCCAUUCUGUAUCCACUAGAUCAGAGGGAGAUAACCCACCUUCAUCCCAACAACAUUGUGAUAAUGCAAAAAGUGGACUUCCUGCAUCAAAUAUAGGACACAUUGAUUCUAAUGUAGAGUCUCAAAAAAUUGAUUCAAACCAUUCUGCUAUGGAAGGAGCUGCUACAGGUUGAACAAGAUUAUAGUUUAUUGUGUUAAUGCUUCAUUCUGUGAAACUUUGAUUCAUGCUUCUGUGGUUUCAUUCAUCUAAGAUGCCUAUUUAUAUGGGGGGUGUAAUAGUCUUUCCAUGUUUUUUAAGACAGCAGGGCUGUUGUAUUAUCUAGGAUUUUUGUUUAAUUUGUUGAAGGAGAAAUGUUCAUGUAUUUGCCAAAGAUUCCACAUGUAUGAUGUUUUUGAGAGUGAGUGAAGGCAUUGUGAAUGAAUGUAAUUGAUAUUGUGCAGUAUUUAAAUAAGAUAGAAUUUUGAAAUCUUAUUGAAUUGAAUCUAGAUUGAAGAAAGUAAAAGCUUCAACAGUAUGUAAUGAUUUUAGCUGUAACCUUAUAAAUAUAAUUUGUUUGGAUUUUAUUUUGAAUUCAAAAAGUCCUUAAAAUAUACCGGGUAUAUUGUUUGUUUACAUGAAGUUGAUCUACAAUUACAAUAAGCAAGUUUUUAAAAUCUUAUUAAGAACAAAUUGAAUGAAAAAAAAAAUAAAAAAUUCAUUAAUAUGAACAUAAGGUAAAAGAAUACAUUAAUUAUAAUUUAAGUCAUGAAGGCAAGAGAAGUUGAAAGUAAAUAUAGAAGAUAGGUUUAUUGAUCCAUUUUUAAGGAAGUCUGAGCAUUCCAUAUUAAGAUGCAGGCAAGAAAAAUACCUUAUAUACUCCAUGUGUGAAUUAUACUAAUUGUUGAGUCAACAUGGCUUUACCAUACAUUGUCCAAUGUUUAAGUUAACAUCAGCAAGUAAACCUUAAAAAAACCAUUUGUUUAAAAUAUACUAGGUAUAUAUGAAAAUAAUUGUUCUUUCUAUUUUUUUCAUAUGCUAUUUUUCUAAUUAAGAAUUUCCAGCAAAGUAUAACAUGUCAAAUUUACUGGUAUGGAAUUCUUUGGUAAGAGGGCAUGUGUCACAGAGGUAGCUUAUAUCCUUAACAUAGGAUGAACUCUGGACAUAAAAGUUCAGUUCCUGGUCCUUUCUUGUUCUAUAUAUUGAUUUGUUCAGCAUUCUGGUCAAAAAGUUCAUCUGAAAACUCAAAUUAGUUCUCUAAGAUUCAACUUCUGUAGUGUUACAUUGAUGUUGAAAUCUCAUUAUCCAUAGAGAAUUUCAAUCGUUUCUUUUACUUAACUUUUUAUCAUUCUUAAAGUUUCUCUUGCCAACAGUAAGAUUGUUGUUCAAAUGUGUUUAAAUGUCAUUCUAUAUGUUAAACAAAUCUGUUACUGAUAAGAAUAUGUAUAUACAUUGUAUGUGAUUCAAGUGCUAAUGAUAUGUACCUGGUAUUGUGUUGUUAUGCAAAUCAAUGAAUUGAUAAGAAUGUGUGUAUAUGUUUGAAAAUCAGAAUGUUAUGUGUGAAGGCAUUUGGAAGUCAGAAUUUGAUAUGUGUAAGUGUUUGGAAGUCAAAAUGUAAUGUGUGAAGGUGUUUGGAAUUCUAGUGUAAUGUAUGUAUGUGUUUGGAAGUCACAAUGUAUUGUGUGUAUGUGUUUGGAAGUCAGAAUUUAAUGUGUCUUGGUGUUUGGAAGUAAGAAUGUAAUAUGUGUAAGUGUUUGGAAGUAAGAAUUUAAUGUAUAUAGGUGUUUGGAAGUCAAAAUUUAAUAUAUGUUUUUGUUUGGAAGUCAGAAUUUAUGUAUGUAUGUGUUUGUAAGUCAGAAUUUGAUGUGUGUCAGUGUUUGGAAGUCAGAAUUUAAUGUGUGUCAGUGUUUGGAAUUCAGAAUUUAAUGUGUGUCAGUGUUUGGAAGUCAGAAUUUAAUGUGUGUCAGUGUUUGGAAGUCAGAAUUUAAUGUGUAUAACUAUGUGUUCUCAAAUCAGAAUGUAAAUAAUGACCAUUUACUAUUAAUUUAUAAACAGAUACAUUAGGGCCUAGUUCUGUCAUCAAUUAAAGUAAGUGUAGGCUUACUUGUGUGAGAUCGAGCAGACAGUGGUAGAGAAGGUAAGAGAAACAAAAGAAAUACAAUAUGAUGGUCAGAACAACUUCAACUCCUUACCUUUUAUUUGUACAGUCAGCUUCUAAAGGUACCAGCACAACCAUAAUAGGUGGUGAUUUGUUAUCUAGAUCAUAUCAGUUGAUGACUGGACUAAACUUUGUCGGACACAGACAUCUCUACAGAGCGUUAUAGAUUUAGUGGAAGCUAAUAAUAUGUAUAAAAGAUGCAUUGCUAUGUUAUCUGUAAAGGAGAUGGAUAAGUGCUGUUCUGAUUUAUAUUAUUAUAUAGGAUUAGUGAACGAAACUACAAACCAGGGUCUGUUUAUUAAUGUUAACUAGUAGUUUGUUGGCACUUUACAUGCAUCAUUUCAGGAAUAAAACAAGAUCGACUUGCAACUGUAGAUACAGAUUGUAUAAGGAUCAGUGGAAGCUGGUUAGAAAGUAUAAUUUCAAUAGCUCCAUCCUUCAUAAAUAAACAAAACCUGGUCCUACUGGUCAAGCUGUAGCUGAAAUAAUCUCUCUAACUACACCAAACACGUGUAAAAUGAAGUUCCCUACCUACCAUUCAUUUCUUAAAACAAGGUUACUAAGCCUCCCACCCAUAUUAUAUACAGAUUAGCUUGGAUUAUGGUUGUAACUAACUAGUUGCUGUAACUGAGCCUGUUUGUUUAUAGAGGUUGAUCCUUACAUUCCUGUUGGAUGACUUAUAAGGCAGUCCUUAAGCAACAAUUCAACAUGUUGUGAUCAUAAUCAAAUUACUCAUCAUUUGCUUGCUUGAAAUGAAACUAGUUUUGCCAUCAGCUAAUUGUCAUUUACAGCUGUAUUUCGAAGGUAAAAAAUAUUCCUAUAUUUUAUAGAUUUUCAGGAUUAAAUUUUUGGAUGGCA